ACAAGCCAGUCAAAAUGAAAGUCAUAAUCAUAGGGUCCCACAUUAGCUCCUAGCCAACCAAUCUUAUGAAAUCUACAAGCUUUACUAUAACCAUAAAAAAACAACAUAAUGAAUCCCAAUCUCCGACCACCACCACCCGCCGCCGCCCACCGCCGCCGUUCUCCUCCUCCGUUAAACUAUGUCGUUUCUUAGGAGGAGAAAACCAUCUGAAAAACAACACGUAGCGCCUUCUUCGGAGCAAAAACUCGAAGAAGAAGAAAAAGAACAUCAUUCCAGGAAGAAUGAAGCGAAAAAUAAGGAGGCGAAGAAAAAAUGGUCAUGCGUGGAUAACUGCUGCUGGUUCGUGGGCUUCAUAUGCAGUUUAUGGUGGAUUCUAACGUUCUUAUACAACGCGAUGCCGGCGUCAUUCCCGCAGUACGUGACGGAAGCAAUCACGGGCCCACUUCCGGAUCCUCCGGGAGUUAAGCUUCAGAAAGAAGGGUUGAAGGCGAAACAUCCGGUGGUGUUUGUUCCCGGAAUCGUUACCGGAGGACUUGAGCUUUGGGAAGGGCAUCAGUGUGCUGAAGGGCUGUUUCGGAAACGUCUUUGGGGUGGUACUUUUGGUGAAGUCUACAAAAGACCUUUAUGCUGGGUAGAACAUAUGUCUCUGGACAAUGAAACGGGGUUGGAUCCAGCUGGUAUCAGGGUGAGGCCGGUCCACGGACUUGUCGCUGCAGAUUACUUCGUUCCGGGGUACUUUGUAUGGGCAGUUCUGAUUGCUAAUUUGGCUCGAAUUGGAUAUGAAGAGAAAACCAUGUACAUGGCUGCGUACGAUUGGAGACUUUCAUUUCAGAAUAAUGAGGUGCGUGAUCAGACACUUAGCCGCAUAAAAAGUAAUAUUGAGCUGAUGGUGGCUACUAACGGCGGCAAAAAGGCAGUGGUUAUUCCACAUUCAAUGGGAGUCAUAUAUUUCCUCCACUUUAUGAAGUGGGUAGAGGCACCUGCUCCUAUGGGUGGUGGUGGUGGACCAGAUUGGUGUGCAAAGCAUAUCAAGGCGGUAAUGAACAUCGGAGGACCCUUUUUAGGAGUUCCAAAAGCAGUAGCUGGGCUUUUCUCUGCUGAGGCCAGGGAUAUCGCAAUGGCCAAGGCAAUUGCACCAGGUGCUUUGGAUAAGGAUAUAUUUCACAUUCAGACCUUACAGUACCUAAUGAAGAUGACUCGAACAUGGGACUCAACAAUGUCAAUGAUACCUAAAGGCGGGGACACUAUAUGGGGCAGUCUCGAUUGGUCACCGGAAGAAGGUUACAUUCCAAGUAAGAAGAGAAAGCAAAGAAGUAAUUCUACUGAGGUUUCAGGUGACAGUGGCACGGAAUCUAAAUCGAGGAAUGUCAAAUAUGGAAGGAUGAUAUCAUUUGGAAAAGAUGUUGCUGAAGCGCCAUCUUCUGAGAUUAAAAGGAUUGACUUUAGGGAUGCCAUCAAGGGUAAAAAUGUUGCAAAUAAUACCUGUCGUGAUGUGUGGACAGAGUAUCAUGAUAUGGGCUUUGGUGGCAUCAAAGCGGUUGCGGAAUACAAGGCUUAUACAGCUGGAGAAAUAGUAGAUUUGUUGCAUUUUGUCGCUCCCAAGAUGAUGGCUCGAGGUGACAAACACUUUUCCUAUGGGAUAGCGGAUGAUUUGGAUGACCCUAAGUAUAAUCACUACAAGUAUUGGUCAAACCCGUUGGAAACAAAGUAAGAACAUAUAUACCUCUUUACUGUGCAAGCCUCAGUUGAGAACAUCAGCUGAUCCCUGAAUAUUUUAACAUGUUAUGCAUAUGUUUUGGCCAUGCAGGUUACCAAAUGCUCCUGAAAUGGAAAUCUACUCAAUGUACGGUGUUGGGAUCCCGACUGAGAGAGCAUAUGUUUAUCGAGAGACUCCUUCCUCAGAUUGCUACAUUCCUUUUGAGAUUGAUACCUCAGCAGAUGAAGACGAUGAAGAUAAGUGUUUGAAAAACGGAGUAUACACGGUUGACGGGGAUGAAACCGUGCCUGCUUUAAGCGCAGGUUUUAUGUGCGCAAAAGCAUGGCGUGGAAAAACCAGAUUCAAUCCUUCAGGAAUAAAAACUUUUGUAAGGGAGUAUGAUCACGCUCCACCAUCCAAUCUUCUCCUUGAGGGCCGCGGCACUCAAAGUGGCGCCCAUGUGGACAUAAUGGGUAACUUUGCACUGAUGGAGGAUAUCAUCAGGGUUGCUGCUGGGGCUACCGGUGAAGAUUUGGGUGGCGACCGGGUGUACAGUGACAUCUUCAAGUGGUCUGAGAAGAUCAAUCUAAAGCUAUAGAAUACCAUAUGAUGGUCCUAGCUAGUAUUUGUUAUUAUUCACUUCGCUUGUGUAUGCUAUACAUUACUCCAUUUCUCUCAAAGAAAAAAUACAGUAACUAAUUUAUUACUUUCUUUGUUCCGAAAUGAUUGUAUGGUUUCGGAGCUCACUCCAGUAUAAAUUGUACUGAAAAUAAAAAUUCAAACUGGAUAAUUAUUUUUGGAAAAGAUGAGUAAUAUUAAUUAGUGCAAUUUUGCAAGUUUAAA